AGAGGACUGGGUUUGGUGGGAGGGAGUGGCAGGAGCAUGGAAGGGGACAGAGUAUCCUCCUUACCCCAGGGCCCCAGCAUUUUCUCUGCACAAAGCAGGGGUUUUCACCACCCUGAGGAUAUAUUGUCUCUACUGGUUCACCAGACAUGUAAAUCUGGACAAGAACCAUGUUACUGUGCAGUUCGGCUCCCUUAGGAGGACGUUGAGGUUCCCCUACCUCAGGGACCCCACCUUGCAGGCCGGCCUCCUGGGCACUGGCCCGUGAGCUCGCAGCAGGUGCAUCCUCCCCAGACACUUCCCUGGGGCCAAGGCAAGAGCCACAGAGGCUGCCAUGGGACCGUUCCCCAACCGCCAACUCAAGAAAGUUCAGGAUGGUGGCAGCCAGGAAGCAGGCAUGCAACGGCCCCGCCCCUGGGAGGGCACAGGAAGGUGCUGGCCCAGCCCCGAGAAGGCCCCAGAACCAGCGCAAAGCUAACAGCCCAGCACGUCCACACCAUGUCCUGGAUCCCUGUCCUGCUGGCACUUCUGGCACACUGCAUAGGUGGUGGCCCCCAGCCGGUGCUGAACCAGCCACCAUCCAUGUCCUCAUCCCUCGGAACCACAAUCCACCUGCCUUGCACCUUGAGCAGGGACCACGAUGUCAGCGUUUACAACAUCUUCUGGUACCAGCAGAAGCCCGGCCAGCCUCCCAGAUUCUUGCUGAGAUAUUUCUCCCACUUGGACAACCACCAGGGCUUUAAGAUCUCCCCUCGCUUCUCUGGAUCCAAAGAUGUGGCCAAGAACACCGGGUAUUUGAGCAUCUCGGAGCUGCAGCCUGAGGAUGAGGCUACAUAUUUCUGUGCUGUGGGGGCCCAGAGCUUGGAGAGGGAGAAGGAGAUGAGGAGGGAAGAGAAGGAGGCUGCUGGCCCAGGGUCCCAGGCUCCCCCGGACACACUCGCCUUGAAGUGACACAGAGGCCAUGUGUCCUCAGGGAAGGGUGGGUGUGGGUGAGGAGGGAAGGGCUCAGAGAAGAGUUGGGGCUCACCUUCUUCUUGUCUGGCAACACAGUUUAGACCCCAAUGGAGGCCAGAUUGGGGCAUUAAAGUCGCUUGUGUUUUGGGAAGUCGGCUUGCUGAGUCUGGUGUGCCUGGUGUCCUGAGCUGUACUGAGGAGGCCCCAGCUCUUCUGGGAAAGGUCCGAGGGAGUGGAACACACCCAAAACCCACAAAGGGUGAAGGUCCAAGGAGCCUGGCUCAUCACAGUCUGCUCGGCCCAAGCCCCUGCUCUGGUGGGUCACGCUGGGCACAGGGGCUGCACCUUGGAGGACAUCCCUGUUGAGGACAGGAUGCUGUGUGGCGCAGGAGUUACAGGGUAAACCAGCCUCUGGGGAGGACAGUGGGUGCUUAGUGGUAGGUUGAGUACUACCUCGGUACUACUGACAUUCGAACCCAGUUCUUUGUUGUGGGGCUGUCCUAUGCGCUGUCAGAUGUUUGAGGCAUCCCUAGCCACUACCCAGCAGAUGCCAGUACCUGCACCUUCCUGCCCCUAAUUAUGACAACCAAAAAUGUCUCCAAGCGUUGCCAAAUGUCCCCCAGAUGGCAAAAUUACUUUGAUUAAACACCAUUGAUCUAGGCAAGAGAAAUGCAUGGAUUCC